UUCACCGGCUGGAGCGGGUAGGUCCCUCGUGAGUUUUUAUGGAAUGACUAUGACCUGGAUGACUGAGAACCUUCAUCAGCAGAAUUGGAAAAAUCAAAAUGUGUGCAUGAAUAUAUGCAGUGUUGUGGCUGCAGUUCAUGAUGACGGAGCUUUGUUUUCUUUACUUUUUCCAACCACAUCCUCUGGUGAAAGCAGAAAAAACGAGAGCUACAAAACUCACCACUUCCUCUUACAAGGCUGCUGUUCUACUGCCUGAAUUUUUUUUUUCAGUCUGAAGAGUUAAUAAUAAGAAAUAAAUCAUUGAUCCUAUUUUAUCUUACUAAAGUUUAAUGAAGAAGUGCGGUAAAUCCUGGAAAGCUGGUCUAUCAAUAAAAAAGCCAUGACUCUUAACCUUUUAAUCCUAUUGGUAUUUUUGUGCUCAAAUCACACUUUGUUUUAUUUUUCUCAAGAGUUUUACUUCAAUACAGCCUAAUGCACCUCGUGCAAAGGCAGGCAGGUUUAGUCAAACGAUCAGCGUCAGCACAGCGGAAACCAAAACUUGGUAUUUACAGAGAAGAGCUGAGAGCUCAUUUCAGAGGAAACCAGUACAUAACCAGUUCUAGUGCGUAUUAUCAAGAUGGCAAUGGAAACAUCUUUACUGUUUCAUCUGGUCCUGACAUCACUGCUUUGCUGCACAACACACCAAGCUGGUCUGACUGUGAGUCCGAGCAGAUUUCAGUUCUUUAAAUAUGAAUCUGUGUCUGUGAGUUGUGAUACGGACGGCAGCUCAGCUGAAUGGAGUGUUUGGAGGAACACAACCAGAGGAACCAGGACUAAGUGUGGAGAUGGAUGGGGGAAACCAGCUGAUUCUUCCUGUAAAAUAAAGCGUGUUUUAGAAAAGGACAGUGGAGAUUACUGGUGUUCGUCCAGAGAGGGAGCAGCCAGCAGCAGCAUCCAGCUCACUAUCACUGGUGGAUCAGUGAUCCUGCAGAGUCCUGUCCUCCCUGUGAUGGAGGGAGAUGACGUCACUCUGAGCUGUCUAACAAAGACCACUCCCUCCAACCUCACUGCUGCUUUCUAUAAAGAUGAUAUAUUCAUUAGCAAAAACUUGGGUAAAAGGACCCUCCACCAUGUGACCAGCUCUGAUGAAGGCCUCUACAGGUGUGACAUCAGUGGUCAUGGAGAGUCUCCAUCCAGCAGAAUCUCUGUCACUGGUAGGGGGAAACCUCUAGUGACCACACAAACUACUUUUUCCUCAACCACCUCCAGUGCCCCAACACCUGCAUCCAACCCUUUUCACUUGGUAUUCACAGUGAUGAGACGCCUACUGAUCUUUUGUCCAUACUUCAUCUCUACUUUUCUCUUUAUGUCUUUAUGGCAGCACAGAUUCCAAGGGUGAAUUACUUCUACAUCAAAGAGGGGGCAGAAAUUAGACUCUCACCGAAGAACACAACCACCAUCUUUUUAUUGGAUUAAUUUCUUUCAUUUUAAAGGACCUAUCAUGCAAUAUCCAGUUUUGGGUUUGUGAGUAUGUCACAAGACUCUCACUUCAAUGAAACCACCAACAAAGAUGUAAUUUACUUUAUCCAUGUAGGCCUCUUUUGCUAAGAUUGGGGAUGGAGAGUCAACAAGUCAUCUCCAUGCAAUGUUCCAUCUAGCCACUGAACUAGGUGAUUUUCAAUGAUUUUCAAAAUGUAUUUCAAUGUGAAGAUUGGACUCACCUGGUUCCAUCAUCUUAUAGGAACGUAUUACUAAAAUAAAAUCACAAUAGCAAGUUUAUUGCUAAAUAACCUCUAGUAAUCUAGUUUUGAAACUAAUGUGGCCAAUAUAUCAGUAUUAAUCUCCUGUUAACACAAUGUAAUUUUAAAGCUGCCAUGGGCAACAUCAUGAAAUAGGCACCUUCAAAACGGCGGCUCCCAGGCGUUUUUAAUGAGCGAAAAAACACUCCUUUUGCAAAACAAACACAUAAUCAUGGUGCCAAAGUUAUCUUUACUUAAUAAAUGCCCACAUAUGACUUUGGAAAGAUUUACAAAUAUAUGAUCCAGGGCCUUUCAACAUCACCUACGUUAACUUCUGUUUUCUAUACUUUCCACUUCAUGACUCAAAUGUAUUAAUUCAAUGUUUUUUCGCAUGUUCUUAGUGUUUUCUGUCAUAUUAAUAUUCAUAAUUGCAUUUAUCUGUUUCAGUUUAUUUUAACCUGUUCUUGGUUUCUAUGCUCCGUUAGAGGUUUUUUAUAUAGUGAUUAAAUAAUUGCAGGAACCUUAAAUAGCCUUAAACCAACAAACCAAAACAAGAUGGCUUAAGUGGAUCAAAAAAGCCAUUGUAACUGUUCAAUUUUUGAUUUUUUAUAAAGUCAAUGCAUUUCUUUAAGUUUCAGUAAAAUCCAAGCCUUAUUUUCUGCUGACAUUUCUAUUG